AUGAAGUUUAUUGACAAAGCCAAGUCUGACUUCCAGACAGACAGCACAAUCAACACCAUACGGAAAAAAGUCCACGCUGGAUUACCUAGGCUUCCUUCGGCAACAGGCCAAUAUCUCAUCGAAAAGGUCCCCAUUGUGCAAUGGAUUUCCCAGUAUGACCCGAAAUGGAUACUAUCAGACUUCAUUGCGGGCAUGACUAUUGGCGUCAUGAUGAUCCCACAGGCGCUAGCUUAUGCUAAGAUUGCCACCAUUCCAGGGGAGUUUGGUUUGUAUUCUAGUUGGCUGCCGGCAGCCAUUUACGUUUUCAUGGGCACUUCGAAAGAUCUCUCUACCGGACCAACUUCCAUCAUGGGACUUCUCACUGCGGAAAUAAUUGGAGACCUCAAGACGGAAGGAUUCGCCCCUGAGGAUAUCAGUUCAGCUGUUGCUCUCAUGGUGGGAAUCUAUUCCUUGAUGGUCGGGCUUCUAAAGCUUGGAUUCAUCUUGGACUACAUCUCAGUGCCGGUCCUGUCCGGCUUUUUGUCGGCUGCCGCUAUCACCAUUCUCCUCGGCCAAGUUGGUUCGCUCGUGGGUCUCAGUGACGUCCCAUCAGGCACCGCAAGCAUUAUCAGCAACGUCCUUACUCGCAUCCCCGACAUGGAACCCCUAACUAUAGCUAUCGGUUUCAGUGGGAUUGUUAUGCUUUACAUUCUCGAAUUCAUUGGCAAGAAGUGGGGAAAGAAGAGCCCUGCUAUCAAGUUCAUCUGCAGCAGCCGUGCUGUCAUCAUUUUAGUUCUAUACACGACCAUCAGCUUUCUGGUCAACAAGGACAAGAAAACGCCACUUUGGGCAAUCAGCAAAGUGAAGGCAAACGGUAUCAAAGCGCCGAAGAUCCCGGCAACAGAACUGGUCUCCAAAGUCACAACAAGGGCGAUUGCACCUCUCGUGGCAUCUGCUCUCGAGCACUUGGCAAUUGGGAAAGCAUUCGGCCGCAAGAAUGAUUACGCCAUUGACGAGAGCCAGGAGCUUUGCUAUCUUGGUCUGACGAAUACGGUCAACAGCUUGUUUGGCGCCAUGAGUGUGGGAGGGGCCAUGUCAAGAACAGCAGUCAACUCGGAAUGUGGAGUCAAGAGCCCCUUAAGUGGUGCUUUCACUUCGGGCUUCAUUCUCUUGACGUUAUACAAGCUCUCAGGGGCCUUGUUUUGGAUCCCAAAGGCCACUCUCUCGGCUAUAAUUAUCAUGGCAGUUAUCCAUAUCAUCGGCCCAGCCUCUCUAUUUUACCGCUACUGGCGCAUAUCGUUCCCGGACUUCGUGGCUUCCAUGCUAUCCUUCUGGGUAACACUCUUCGUGUCGACUGAAAUGGGGAUCGCAUUCGCUGUCGUUUUCAGCAUUGGAUACACGCUAGUUCGCUCGGCAUUUCCGAAGGUGAAGACUUUCUCUGCCACAAGUGGCCAAAACGGAAUGAUUCCACAAGCAAAGGUUGCAGCUCCUUCACCUUCUGGAGACAAUCUAGUGCCGGAAGACGCCAUGCUUGUCAGCUUCACAGAUUCGAUAUUCUUCCCCAACGCCGGCCGCGUGAAGAGGUCUGUGAUCGAGGCUGUCAAGGUUCAAUUUGAGCCGCAAACUGCUAUGAAUCAGUCGCAGGCGAAGUCGGCUGAUCGAUCAUGGAGCGUUGCAUCAGCUAAACGCAUCGAGCUGUUGCGAAAACGCAACAAUGUUGUCCCGAGCAACAAGCAAAUGACAGUCAUGGUGUGGGACAUGACACACGUACCGUUUGUUGACGUGACGGGGGUUCAGACUUUGGCUGAACUGAAAGACGAAGUUAAGCAAUAUGUUGGGAAGCAGUUGGUGUUGCGUCUUGUUGGGAUGAAUAACAAAGCCCGGCGCAGAUUCGCCAGGGCCGGCUGGAAGGUCAUUGAGGAUCGUGAGGUGGACGACGGCAUGUCAGGGGAUGAGGACGUGAUGUAUGAGCGUUUAGAUGCGGCUCUAUGGGAUAGACCAUACUGCAAUGAGCGGGAGAAGACCGGGUUGGAGGAGAGGGAAUAUUACAUUCCAAGAGACGAGUCGCAGUAG